UUCCUUUUGUAUUGAAAUUUGUGCAUUUUUUCAGUUUCUCGUAAAAAUAAUGGACACAUUGUCUAAUAGAGACAAACGAUACAUUCGUGAAAGUUUUUCAAAAAUAAGCGUGCUGAUUAUUUAUAAUAAACCAAGAGCUCAAAUAAUCGCAGCUUAUUCUCGACUAAUUAAAAGAAUGUGGGAAAUUUCACAAAGCAAAAUGCCGGAGUUUCUUUUAAUGAAACUGAAACAAGAUCUGAAACGGGCUAAUAGUUUAAAAACAAAUUCAAAAUCAACGGCACAAAAAAGAAAAUUUGAUCCCAACCAUGAACUGGUUAACGAAUGCAAGAAAUUACGAAAGGGGAUCAUUGCAUCUGCCAAUUGUUCUGAUUCAAUUGGCACCUUUUUCACCAAUUACAAAGACCUAUAUUAUCAUUUAUGCGAGGACCAUCCAGAAACAUUUGUCUGUCCAUCAAAUGAAAGAUGACGAUGUUCGUGAUGUCCUGCUGCCAGUCAAUAAUGAUGGUGAAGAAACGAAAUCCAGUUCUGAAGUAGAUUGGAAUUAAUAUUCCACUGGCCAUGAGCAAGCAGUUAUACAUGAAGAUAUCUAACUGGGUAGAUCGUUUCAAAAUGACAAA